AUGGAGAGACCAGCAGCUGCUGCGGAGACAGAGUCCGAAGAGGAAGCUGGGCUAACGACAGAGGCGGAAAGCGAUGCCCCGGUCUACGACUUCAAGAGCGACGACGAGGCCCCAGACCCUCGCCUGGGGGACUUGCGGAUUCUUCACUACAAAGGCAACAUAGCCAAGUUGCUGCUGCGCACAGGCCAGGCAAGCCGCAGCAGCAGCAGCAGCAGCAGCAGCAGCAGCAGCGGCAGCAGCAGCAGCAGAAGCAGCAGCAGCAGAAGCCGCAGCGGCAGGGGUGUGCGUUGGCGGAGAGUGGAAGCCCCUGCUGCAGCGCCGCCCAGCAGCAGCAGCAGCAGCAGCAGCAGCAGCAGCAGCAGCAAUCUGUUGGUCCCUGGCUUCACCCAUGCUGAGCUGCAGGAGCUCACGGACGAAGCAGCUGCAUGCACUCCUGUGCUGGCGACGCUGGGCUCUUCAGUGCUGCCCGCGUUCGUGGAGGCUGCGCUGCGGUGUAUGGUCGGCCGAGAAGUUUCUCUUGUUUGCUGCCAGCAAGAGCACUUAGCCCCUAGGGCCUACGAGCACUGCCCGCAGGGUUUAGCUGCUGCUGCUGCUGCUGCUGCUGCUGCUGCUGGCGGCCGCCACGCUGCAGCCUGCAGCAGCAGCAGCAGCACCAGCAGCAGCAGCAGGGCGUACGCGGCGCUGCACAAGUCUUCGCUACAAACCACAAGACGAGCAGCAAGACGCAUCAGCAAGCAGCGGCGGAGGCACCAGGAGCAGCGGCAGCAGCAGCAGCAGCAGCAGGAGCCGCAGCCGCAGCAACAGCUGCAACGGGAGCAGCAGAAGAAGCAGCACCACAGUCACCCACAGUGUGCUGCUGCUGCUGCCGCCGACUGCUGCAGCUGCUGCUGGACGCCCACAGCGUACUUAGAGAAGCCAGCAGCAGCAACAGCAGGGAAAGCAGCGCUGAAGCCAGCAGCAGCAGCAGCAGCAGAGCCGCCGCCUGCAGCAGCAGCAGCAGCUGAGCCGCCAGCAGCAGCAGCAGCAGCAGCUGAGCCACCAGCACCCAAAGCAGCGGCUGGGCCAGCCGCAGCAGCAGACGGCGUUGUGGAUUCGGCAGCAGCAGAAGCAGCUACCUGCAAGUCGCCCGCAGCAGCAGCACCGGAGGGAACAGCAGCAGCAGCAGCAGCAGCAGCAGCAGCAGCAGCAGCAAAAAGCAAGAACGUUUGCUUUGUGGUUGAGCUGCUGGCUGUGGGGCAGCUGCAGCGGAUUGACGAGAGCAGCAGCGUUUUAUUGUCUCCAAUUUUCUCCUGUGGCAGCAGCCGCUUUCCUAGAGAGGGGGAUUUGCUGCUGCUGCAGCUUGCUGCUCUUUGCUGCUCCCGCUGCUGCCAGCUGCAGCAGCUCAGCGCCCUUUGCAGCAGCUUGAAGUGCACAGUCACCAACGAGCUGCAGCAGCUGCUGCUGCAGCAGCACAACCGCCUGCGCAGAUGCUCCCAGCAGCCGGCAGCAGAUGCAGCACCAGCUGCUGCUUCCCCCGCUGCUGCUGCUGCUGCUGCUGCUGCUGCUGCUGCACCUGUGGCUUUGCAUGCAUUUGAGCUGCCGCUAAGAGCUGCUGCUCUUCCUUAUGCCGGGCUGCUGCAGGGGCUGAAACGCAUGCGCCUGGGGGAUGCUGCAGUCGUUAGCCUUCGAGGCAGGGCUCUGCAGCAGCAGCAGCAGCAGCAGCAGCAGCAGCAGCAGCAACAGCAGCAACAGCAGCAGCAAGAACGCUGCCUCCGAAGCACGUGCGGCAGCUGCAACACAGACGAGAAAGGAACGCAUGAGGGCCACACAGACUUAAGGUGUCUUUGCGACAGCUGCGUCUCAGCAGCAGCAGCAGCAGCAGCAGAAGCAGCAGCAGCAGCAGCAGCAGCAGCAGCAACACCGGCAACGACGACGGCGGCAGCAACAUCCGUAGAGGGAGAGGUGCAACCACAAGCAGCUUCAGCAGCGCCAUCAGCGGCAGCGGCAGCAGCUCCAGCAGCAACAGCAGCAGCAGCAACAGCACCUUCAGCAUCAGCACCUCCAGAAGCAGCAGCAGCAGCAGCAGCAAGCGAGAGUUGCUGCUGCUCUUUCAAGUGCUUCAGCUUUCCCUUCCGCGACUCUGUUUGUUUGUUCGUUCGUUUGCUGGGCUGGCGGCGUUUAGAGGAAAUACAAGUGCCUUCGCCAAUACACCUGAAGGGGACUGCGGGCGUCAUGCGGUAUUCCUUGAGCCCGCUGCAGCAGCAGCAAAUGCAGCAGCAGCAACUGCAGCUCCAGCAAAUGGAGCAGCAGCAGGCUGCAGCAGCACGCUCAGUGACAGCAGCAGCAGCCCCUGCUGCUGCUGCUGUUGCUGCUGCUCCCCCCCACCCCAUUUUUGCAGACGAAAACACCACAGUGCUCAUCCGCUUGCGGAUUGAUGUGGACGUGUUGCUGCCAUCUGAUGCAGCAGCAGCAGCAGCAGCAGCAACAGCAGCAGCAGCGAGCUCGGCUGCUGCUGCUGGAUCUAUUACUGCUGAAGAAGGGCAGGCAGACUUGUUGGAAACACCGCAGCAGCAGCACAAGCAGCAUCAGCAGCAGCAGCACAUGCAGCAGCAGCAGCAGCAGCCAGAGCAACUCCCGUUGCUGCCGCUGCUGUUUGCUUCUUCGGACCCGAGCUGCUUAGCAGCUGCAGGCGACUUGACUGUGUGCCGCAUGGAAGACCAGCAGCAGCAGCAGCAGCAGCAGCAGCAGCAGCAGCAGCAGCACGUUUGGCUGCUGUUUUCACUGUCAUCUGUAGUGACUGUUCCGCUGUGGCUGCGCCAUUUGCUGCUGAAGCUGCCGCUGGGCCAAACAGCGGAGGUGCUGCUGCCUCCCGAGCUGCUGCUGUUGCAGCAGCCGCAGGGAAAACGAGCGUGCAUGCAGCAGCAGCAGCAGCAGCAAGAGCAGCAGCAGCAGCAGCAGCAGCCGGAGGUUCAGCAGGAGUCUAAUUUGGUUGAAGGGCUGCCAGCGAUUGCUUGGGAAGGGCUGUGGCUGCUGCAGCUGCCUGAGAUGAAUGGAGACGCUCAAGGCACUGCAGCAGGAGCUGCUGCUGCUGCUGGAGCUGAUGCUGCGAUCCCGCAGCAGCUGCAGCAGCAGCAGCAAUUCGAGUCUGCUACUGCAGCAGAACUAAGGAGAGUUGUAGCAGCUGUGAGAUGCAUAGAAAGGAGACAGCCUUCUGCUGCAGUCCCUCAUUUGCUGCGCUACACUCCAGAGAGACUGGAGAGGGUGCUGCAGCAGCUCCUAGGCGUGCAGCAGCAGCAGCAGCAGCAGCAGCAGCAGCAACAGCAGCAGCAGCAAGACAGCAUGGAGACCUUGUUUGGGCCGGGGCGUCUGCAGCUAAGCUGCAGAGCUUCUGUCUCCUUUGCAGGAGUACUGGGGAGGGUAAGGCAGCAGCAGCCAAAGCAGCAGCAGCAGCAGCCAAAGCAGCAGCAGCAGCAGCAGCAGCAGCACGAGCGUUGCGCGUCUGACGGCCAGUUCUUGCGUCUUGCUGCACUUGUUUGUCCAGCAAUUCUGCUGCUGCUGCUGCUGCUGCUGCUGCUGCAGCGUCCAGACCACUGGGCUCUUUCGGGCGAGGCGAAAGCAGACUUUGCUGCUGCGCUGAAGGCUGAGGGGAAUCUGCUGUUUAAGCACGGAUGGAUCUCCGCCGCGCUGUCCAUGUACAAGAAAGGGCUAGACAUAUGUCGCAUGUCUGCUGCUUACUGGAGGCUGCUGCAGCAGCAGCAGCAGCUGCUGCUGCCGCUGAACACUGCUUCCGCCUUAUCUGCCCACGGCCCCCUUGGCAGCAAAACAGAACUUCCUGCUGCUGCAGCACGAGCUCUUUGCUGCAGCUUGUCUCUCAAUGCAGCAUCUUGCUGCCUGAGGCUGCAGCAGUUCAGUGAAGCAGCAGCGCACUGCGACGUCGCUCUCGCCUGCGCGCGCAGCAGCAGCAGCAGCAGCAACAGCAGCAGCAGCAGCAGCAGCAGCAGCAGUGAACAGGGAGAGGCGGCGGCGCCAAGUCCGCAGCAAAUGCAGCAAAACCAAGACCAGCAGCAGCAGCAGCAGCAGCAGCAGCAGCAGGGAUUUGACCCGCUGCUGUCGCAGAAAACUGCGCUGCACCGGAAGGCCCUGGCGCUGCAGGCAGCAGGAGAUGACGCAGCAGCUUUAGCAGCAGCAAAAGCUGCUGCUGCUUUGUCCCCUAAGGACAGGCAUAUAAGGGCGCUGCUGCUGGAGCUGCAGCGCGAACGACAGAAGCAGCAGCAAGGGGCGGCUGCCAUGAGGGGAUUUCUACUGUAG